CGUUAGUGAGUGCCAAGGUGAGGCUAAAGCCGUAAUAACACCCUGAGUAUUCUUUUCAGGUCAGUUUCAGAAUCUCGUUUCAUUUGAUUCACCCCCUCUUCACUUGACAAGUUAUGUCGUCUUCGUUCUUUUGCGAUCCUUGUCAUUUCUCUAAAGGAAAAGGAAUCUGUAUUAAGUGGACUGAUCUCGAAUCUAAGUAAAAAAAAUGGGAGGAGCUGGAGGAGGAGGAGCAGAAGGAGGCGAUUUCAGAGCCAAAGUAUGGAGCAUGUCUGGUGGGCCUUACUGUAGGCCCAAGCACUGGCGUCGCAACACCGCCUUUGCAAUGCUCGGCGUCUUUCUUGUCUGCAUCCCCAUUGCCAUGAAGUCUGCCGAGCUCGAGCAAAGGUCACAUAUGCCGGUACGCCCAAUUCCUUCACAGAUAUGGUGCAAGAACUUUGAAACCAAAGACGAUUACGAAAAAGAGCAUUAAAGAGCGUUUUGCUUGCUUUGGAGAGACAACUCUUUUGCUUGGUCUCUUAUUUUGCAGACAAUGUGAGUAUGAAAAUACAUCUGUCUUUCAUCUUCACAGUAUUGUGACCAGAAUAAUUUGUCUCUGCCUGUGCCAUGUAGAGAACACAUGGAGGAAUCAUCCCAAAUUUAAGAAAUCUCAUGUUAUUCCAAAAUCCAGUUGAUUAAUAUUAUAUCUGGGCCGGUUUUAUCUAA